AUGUUAAAUGAAUAUAGAGAUUAUAUUGGAUAUACUUGGAUUGCAGAUAAAGAGUCUGUAGUUUUUUCAUCAGAAGAAUUUAUUUAUAAUCAACCAUCAGAUAGAAGAGACUUCUUGAAAGCAUUGUUUGAGUCUCAACAUUUUUCAUUCUUCCUUCAAAAUUUCCCAAAAAGACAUGACCAUAUAUUUGAAGAUUGGCAAAUAAAUAAUAUUUAUUUAAUUAAUACUAAUGAACUUAUUCAAAUGUAUUCAAAAGAAUAUCAUCCUAUUACUUCAAUUAUUCAAACAUCAACAGAAAAAAGUCUUGAAGUAUCUCCAAUUAAUACAUUGGUAUUGGAUUGUGGGAAACUUAAAUCAUUAAGAGUAAGAAACACUGUAGUUAAUUCACAAUUAGAACCAAAAAUGUAUCAUAAUCAUUUAGAAGGAUUAAAAAAACAAAGAGUAAAAGAAGUAUUUAAUAAUGAUAUAAUACAAUUUAGUGAUAUUCAAAUUGGAAUAUUGGUGAUGAUGAAUGAAGGAACAACAAAAAGUCUUGAUACAGAUUUAUUAUUUAAUUUUUUAUCACAAGUUGAAGGAAGAAAAAUAUUUACACAACGAUUAAUGAGUAAAUAUACAUCAUUUUGUAUUAAUAAAAUGGAAGGUAGAGUAAAUAAUAUAGUCUAUGCAGUAAUUGGUGAUAUUCUUCAACAAGAAGCAACAUACGCAUAUUCACAAAAAGAUUAUAUGACACCACAACAUAUUAUUGAGUCAUCGAAAUUAUAUUUUAAGAUUGAAGGGAAAAAAAGAAUUACUUUACUUCCAUUACUAAGUGAAUUAGAUAUUUGGAACCAAAUGGAUGUAUGGAAUAAUAUGUUUACAAAACUUUGUUGCAUCGACAAAGAACUCAUUUAUAAAGAGGAGUAUGGGUUAGACCUUCCGUCAAGAUGGGAUUUAUUUAAUAAACAACAACAAGAUAUAUUUAGAGAUGAAGAGACGCAAAGAAUCAAAAUUAGUAUGAAAUCAUUAUUAGAAACUAUGCACACUGUUCGGGUAAGUGAUAGAACUAUCAAAAAAUUUGUUGGAUAUUCGUUAAGUCAACUUCGAUUCGAUGAAAAAAUAAGAAAAGAAAUAGAAGAAAUUGCAUUCUCAAGUUGUAACAUUAUAACAGAGAGUGUUAAAAGCAAUAAAGAAAGAGCUUUAUCUAAAAUGAGAGAAAUGUAUAAUGCUGUUUAUCUUACUGAUGAAUAA